GUGAGUCAGCCGCCAACUGCAACAGCACAGGAGACAGGAGAGAGGGGGAGGCCGCGAGGGAGGGAUACGGAAGAGUGCGGAGGAAGGGUCGGCGUCAGGGAUGUCGAAAGGUGUCGAGUGGGACGGAUGCUGGGACUUGUUGGAGAUGAGGAGGUGCUGGGAACACGCGGUCGGUGUAUACAAGGACGUCUGCUGAUCAUUGUCGUCUCGCUCUUCCACCAACCUCAAACAUUAAAUCACCUAUUCGCCCUUAUCCCACCCUCUAUAUGCCACCCAAAUCCAACCCCAUCCAACAGCGCCGAUGCCUUCAUCACCGCUUACUCUUCGCACUUGAAGCGAUCCGGUAAACUCGAGAUCCCUACCUGGGUCGACAUUGUCAAGACCGGUCCCCAGAAGGAGUUGGCCCCUUACGACCCCGACUGGUUCUACGUGAGGGCUGCUGCCGUCGCCCGACACAUCUACCUCCGAAAGUCCGUCGGUGUCGGAGCCCUCGCCAAGCUCCACGGUUCCAAGAACCGACGAGGAGUCCGACCUUCUCACCACCGAGACUCUGCUACCGGUGUUGAGAGGACCGUCGUCCAGUCCCUCGAGAAGAUUGGUGUGCUCGAGGCCGCCCCUGCUGGUGGCAGGAAGAUCUCUCAGGAUGGCAUGCGAGACCUUGACCGAAUCGCCACCGCCGUCCUUGAGGCCGAGCGAGAGGAGGAAGAGGAGGAGGAGGAGGAGGAAGAGGAAGACGAGGAGGAGGAGGCUGAUGAGGAGUAAGGGAGAAGCCUGCCUCUAGGUUUUCUUUCUGGCGCUUUCGAUCUAUUCUUUUGUAGGCCGGCGUGCAUGAUUACAGGAUACAUCCGCAUUUACAACACCCUUG